CACUGACUUGGUCACCAUCUACAACAACGACAUCAACCAACUGCUUGUUUCAAUUUCACCAAGGAUCGAAGGUUGGGCUUGGAUAGGGCUCUAUGAUGAUCGUUACAGCUGGAAGUGGUCCAUGGAGGAAAAACUUUUCUAUGUUGGCAGCACACAUGAAUUUAUGAUCUGGGCUAACGGCCAACCAGACAUUAUAAAUGCAAAUGAAUACUGUGUGGCUCUUCAGGAACAAACACAGAUGGAUGAUAGACCCUGUGGAGAUUCUUACCCUUUCCUGUGUUACAAUGCCAGCAGUACAAGUUACAUCUUAGUGAAUGAGAGCCGCUCCUGGUCAGCGGCUCAGUCGUACUGCAGGACAUACCACACAGACCUGACCAGUAUAAGAAGCAAAGAGGAGAAAUCCAACAUCACGCUCACUUUGAGUGGAUCAGGGGUUCAGUAUGUGUGGAUUGGCCUCUACAGGGAUCCCUGGGCCUUCUGGUCUGACAACACAACCUCCACAUUCACUAACUGGAAGUCUUUUCAGCCUAGUAACUAUUAUCACACUGAGUACUAUGGAGCAUUUUAUUUAAAGACGGGGACAUGGGAAGAUGGCCCCAGCACCUUCGGUUUCUAUUUUUUCUGUUUCACAGCAGUGACAAAGCAAACAGUGGUGAAAAUGAAGCUUCAGUCAGAGGCAGACAUGCACAGCACAGAAAACCAGCAGCAGGUUUCAGAGCAGCUGUCAGGCCUCAUGCUGUCAGAAGGACUGACAGACUUCAGGAUUCGUUGGAGGAAAGUCCAGAGUUACCGUGACGACCAGUCGAAAGAAGCAGGAUGUGGACGGUGACUGCAAAACUGAAGUCUGACUGGACUGAACCACUUGAUGUGAAGGGCUGCCACGAUUAGUAGACUAUAAAAAUCGUCGACGACUAAUUUAAUAGUCGACACGUCCUUUGAAGCUUUGUAAGAUCCCAAAAGACGCAGG